UCGGCCUCACACGCGUCGAAAAUGCUGCUUUGGAUAAUAACCGAGUGACCUUUGAUUUCCAUGAUUAAUUCGUACAUUCUGCUAUGGAUGUGAUACCUUCAACGUCACGGUGUAAUAGUGCGGUGAAUAAGCAAUUUAGUGCCGUAGAAAUUGAGCUGUACCUUUUGAUCAAGAAGUAUUUAUCGUCCGGUCCCUGCAAGAAAGCGUAUGAGGUGCUGAGGGCCGAAAUUGAAGAAAAUCAGUUACUACCGAAGAGAUAUGACUGGCUGGGCAAUGAACAUAGGAAAUCACUCGAUGAAGUGGACCGUCAGCUUGGACAUCUUAGUAAUGACCACCUUCUACGUGUGGUCUCCCGUCUUGGGCCUGCAAUCAAUCAGCUAGUCAAGCUUCCAUACCCUUCAGCUACUACGCUAUUAGGGGCUGGUACUCAGUCGCUGCUGCGCACAGAAAAUGACUUGUAUAAGAGUUACAAGACCCUGUCAGAUGUGGUAGUUCGCCACCGUGGUUAUCCCCCUCUCGAGCCCGUGCGGUAUCUAGGGCCUCCCUGCCUCACACAGACGAUCUUGGGAAGAGAACUUCAGGGUACCAUCAACCAAAAACAUGUGGUCACAAACAAGUUCUACAGCCGCAUUCAGCUGUAUUUCCGCUCAGUCGGGCACCUUUCUGCGGUGUACUGUAUGCUGUUUGACCGCACGGGAAAAUAUAUCAUUACCGGUGCUGAUGACACGUUGGUCAAAAUCUGGAGCACCUUCGAUGGACGUCUCAUGGCCACCUUGAGAGGGGCAUCAGCUGAAAUUUCUGAUCUUGCCAUCGAUGGGGAAAAUACCUUAAUUGCUGCUGGAUCCUGUGACAAGAUCAUCAGAGUAUGGAGUCUCCAAACUCUGGCACCUGUUGCAGUCCUAUCCAGCCACACAGGCAUGAUAACUGCACUUCAGUUUUGUCCAGCACCAGACAGUGAAGGUGUCUUGGUAUCAACAGGUGGUGAUGGUUGCGUAGCCUUUUGGACUUACACUCGCAGAUCGGGAGAAAUAAAGUUUGAUUCCAAACCACUCAAAGUAAACGAAAGAGUGAGACCAGGAAAUGCACAGCUGAUUUGUGCUUCGUUUAGUGCAGGAGGACAUUUCCUAGCCGUGGGAGGAGCUGACCACUUUGUCAGAGUAUAUCAUCUCGGUGGAGAGGAUGGCGUAGAGAAGCUGAUUGAGACAGAGCGGCAUCAGGACCGUGUCGAUAGUAUCCAGUGGUGCCACAAAGGGUUGAUGUUUGUGUCAGGCAGUCGCGAUGGCACAGCACUUGUAUGGCGCUAUGAAACACAACAGUGGAAGAACCUCGUAUUGAAUAUGACCGAUAGACUUCCUGGGGACAGUCCUCCAUCAGAAGAAAUACGUCGGCUCCAGGUAACAAUGGUAGGAUGGAACAGGAGCGACGAAUAUGUCAUCACCGCUAGCAAUGACAAGUGGUUGCGUGUGUGGGAUAGUAGCCAAGGCAAGCUAAAGCAAGUCCUCAGGGGCCAUGAGGAUAACUCUUAUGUGAUUGAGGCACAUCCCCUUGAAAACAAUAUUAUCCUGACUGCAGCUCAUGAUGGUCAAUUGAUGAUCUGGGAUAUCAGCACAGGAACCCUAGUGAGAAGCUUUAAAAAUACCAUUGAAGGCCAAGGUUAUGGUGCACUGUUUGAUGCCAAAUGGUCACCUGAUGGUUAUACUAUAGCAACAACAGAUUCUCAUGGACAUCUCAUUCUCUUUGGUAUUGGACACAAUGAGAAAUUCAAGAAGAUACCAAAAGAGCUCUUCUUUCAUACGGACUAUCGGCCUCUUGUGCGCGAUGCCAACAACCACGUGCUGGACGAGCAGACUCAGAUGGCACCACACCUCAUGCCUCCCCCAUUCUUGGUCAACAUGGAUGGCGACCCAUACCCUCCUGAAUACCAAAGGCUUGUGCCUGGCCGAGAAAACUGCAGACACGACCAGCUUAUCCCAAAUGUUUUAUUGAAUGCAAAUGGUGAUCAAGAGGUGCUAGAUGCAGCACUACAGGAUUAUGAGCAUCCUCCUGCAAAUGCUCCGGCUCCUGAGGCUCCUGGUGGCCAGAGACCAAACAUCGAUGAAAUGAUAGAACGGCUUGCACAAGAACAGGACCAGAGAAUAGCCCACAAUAGAAGACCGUCUGAUGCAGCUAUUGACCAGCCAGGCCCGAGCAACGUGCGAGAGAGAAGAGAGAGUAGUAGUGCACGGGGGGAACGGAGAGCCAGUUCAGGAGGUCCCCCAACAGAUCACUCUUAUGCUGUUGCUGCUCUCCAUGACCCACUCUCACCCAGAGCAAGUCGAGCAGGAACGCGGCGAGUGGGUGACGUGGAAGGUGUGCGUCAGUCAACGGGAAACUGGCAGCGUGAUCCCAACAUGAAGUGGAAUCGUCGCAUCAUCAUCCGCCAGCAACAGCACUCAAACAUCAAGCAAAACCUCAAUAACAGAAGGAUUCUUGGAGAGUACGAGUUACAUUUGUAUGAAGAAGAGAGUCGCAAGAAACCUGAACCAGUGAAGUCCCCAGAGCAGCAACAACAUGAGGCAGAGAGGAAGACCAGGAAAAAACAGAAAAAACAAACUCAUUCCUACUCAACACGCUCAGUCAGGGAAUCCAGAAGAGGGACCUAUGAAGGCCAGGAGUUUGAGGAUGCAGAGAAUCCACCAGGAUCCAGCAGCCCCGGCACCUCCUCUGGGACAGAAAUAGAGAAUGAGGAGCUCCAAGAGUCCUCCAGCUCAGAUGAUCAGUCCACAGAUUACUCUGACUGGACAGCUGAUGCAGGUUUCAGCCUCGAACCCCCCAAGAGAACAGCUCAUAAACAGAAGAAAUCCAUAAGGAAGGGAAGGAGAAAAGGAAGGUUGACUAGUGAUGAUGAUGAUGACAAGGAAAACAAAGAAGACGACGAUGAAGAGGAUGACGAUUAUGAUGAUGACGUGGAUAAAGGAAAAUCUACUUCAACUCCUCGUGUACAGAGAAAGCUGAGAGCACCACGACCUAACUUGUCGGAGCUGAAUGGAGCAGCCGAUGAGAUUCCAGAAGAGUACCGUCCACCUGAGUGGUUGACGGAAACCUUCCCCAAGAAGGCACCAUACUUCCCACAAAUGGGAGAUGAACUCAUAUAUUUUAUGCAGGGCCACAUGCUGUAUGUAGAAGCUGUCAUGAAUAGAAAGCUCUACACCAUUGACAAAAGGAGUCUCCCAUGGAUGAGAACUACAAAUAAGUUGAGGGAUCAAGAGUUUGUAAAAAUUAUUGGCAUCAAGUAUGAGAUUAAGCCACCAAGACUUUGUUGCCUCAAGCUUGGAAUUAUGGACCUUGGUCGAGGAAAACUCACUUCGGAUUCAUUCACCAUCAAAUACCAUGACAUGCCAGAUGUACUUGACUUUCUUAUAUUAAAGGCCACGUACAAUUAUGCCAUGAGUAGACACUGGCAGAAAGGUGACAGGUUCAGAUGCAUAAUUGAUGAUGCAUGGUGGUUAGGCACGGUGGAAAGCCAUGAGCCUCACCUACCUGAGUUCCCCGACUCCAUGUUCAUGUGCUACAGAGUUUUGUGGGACAAUGGAGAAGAGGAGAGAUUAAGUCCUUGGGAUAUGGAACCCAUCGAUGAAAACAUGGAAGUAAUGGAAAGAGGAGGUAGUGUUGCAGUGAAGCCCAAAGAGCUUGAGGAACUGCUCUACCGACCUCAGUCUGAGGAGUGGGCGGGGCGUAACCCUGAUCAGGAAUGUGAUCGCAUCAGUCAUGGCCUUUCCCUCAUCAUGACGCUGGCCAUUGCUGAGCCCUUCCUUGUCCCUGUUGAUCUCAACGCAUAUCCAAUGUAUGCCUUAACCAUAGACUACCCUAUGGAUCUUACUACCAUCAAGAGUAGACUAGACAACCGCUUUUAUCGGCGUAUCAAUGCAGUCCAGUUUGAUGUGCGGUACCUGGCCACCAACACUGAAAAAUUCAAUCAGAAAGGAAGCAAUAUUGUUAGACAAGCCAGGAUUGUCACUGAACUGUGCUUGAAACUGAUCAAAGAUGACACGUGUAUCGACCCCACACCCCUAUACCACGAACUGCAAGCCAACUACCACUCUCCAGAUCAUAGUGACGAGGAUCCAACUGGAGAAAGUAGAGGUGGGGGAUUGCGGGGGGAGGGCAAGGGGGGUCACAGCAAAGGUCUUCGUGGUCGAGGACAACCCGCAGCUGUAAAGAGGUCGUGGCAACAAAUGUGUCGAGAUCUCCUCAGAAGUAUAUUUGAAAAAGAAGACUCGAUACCAUUCAGAUUUCCGGUGGACUUGGAGCGUUACCCCGACUACAGUCAGGUGAUUGAUAUACCCAUGGACCUCACCACAGUUAGAGAAGAGUUGUCAGCCUCGGGCUACUCCACACCACAUGACUUUGCCAAGGAUGUUCGACUCAUCUUUACAAACUCCAAAAAUUACAACACCAACAAGAGGUCCAGGAUUUACUCCAUGACUCUACGGUUGGAAGCAUAUUUUGAGGACCAGAUAAAGCCAAUAUUAGCAAGCUACAAAUCUAAAGGUAAGCGUGGUCCAUAUAAACCUACUCGAGGCCCGAAAGGAAAAUUUAUAUCAGCCUCUCAGAAAAUUCUGAGUGGACAGACAUGCGCAGCUCAGGCUGGGCACAGCUCCAUCAAGGGGUCUAGUGGUCUCUCUUCAGGGGGGCGUGGAGGUCUGCAGAAGAGGGCGCCACCAUCUCGCCUGGGCUCACCUGCAUCAUCUCGCAGUGGAACCUCUGGCAGGAUGAGCGGUCCUCGCGCAAAACAUGGUGCUUCUGCCUCAGCUGGGGAAAGGAGGAGUCCUGUCACAUCAACAGCCUUUGGCAGACCUGUUGUUCCUCCCCAUCGUGCUGAAUAUUCACUUUCGACCACUUUUGAAGAUGAAGAAAACCAUAUUGAAGAGGAGGAAGAGGAGGAAGACAUCAUGGACACCAGUCUCUUCUCCAAUGCCGACGGGGCAAGGAGGUCUCGUAGAGUUGCAAGAAAGAAACUCAUGAACAGCAAUGAUGACGAUGACUCAGGCGAGGAGUACAAUCCUCGGAACAGAAAGAAAAAAUCGUCAGCAAAGACCAAGAAGAAAGGUGUGGCAACAAGAAAUCGGGGCAGAGUUACCGUCCAGUACAAAGAAGAGAGUGAGGAUGAAUAUGUAAGUUUCAAAAACAAAAAUAGUGGUGGUAACACCAAAAAGAAAAAUGUUGUGGAAAGUGAAAGUAAUGACAAUAGUAGUGGUUGUGAUAUUCCUGGCCCAAGUACAAAAAGAACUAAUGGCCAAAUAUUUGGCAUGAAAAGUAGGCUUGAAAGCUCGAGUGAUGAGUCAGAUGAAGAAUUUGGCAGCAAAGGCAAGUCAAAUGGAGUGAAUGGUGUGGACAACAGAAAACAGGCCAGACAGGGAGGGGUUGGAAAAGUGACUCAGCCAAAGAGCAGUGAAGAUAGUGAAGAUAGUAGUGGUUCCUCUAGUCUAUCGGAUGAUGAAGGUAAUGAUUACAGUAAAGAUCAGUCCAAAGGAAAGCUUGGGUAUGUUAAGAGAAGACAAUCUACAAGUGAUAGUAGUUCUAGUAGUGUAGGUAAGGCCCAUCCCAAAGGUAAGAGUAAAGCCCAGAUACCACCCACUUCAAAAGGAAAACCAGUGAACAUCAAACGCUAUAAUAAAGAGGAGAGUGAGGUAGAAUUUGAUGAUGAAGACCUAGAAUCAAGUACAGAGGAGAGUGCAGAUGAUGACCUGAACAGUCGUCGAGGCAGGAAGAGGGGUGUAGCAUCCAGUGUAAGAAGGGCAAGAAAGAUCAUCCUUGAUGGUGAUGAUGAAGAUGACAGAGAUUUCAUUGUUGAUAAAGAUUUUAUUGAUGAUGCAGACAUGACGGAAGAAGAGUCAAGUUCUCAGUCGGAAAGUGAUGAAGGCAGUGAAGAUCAUGUCAAGCACGUAAAGAAGAAGAAAAAGGAGAAAAAGAAGGCCAAAUCUUCUAAGAAGAAAGUGCCUGCCAAAAAGAACACAAAGAAGACCCAACCAAAGAAAAGUAAUUCAAAGAAAAAGAACAAUACGAACGCCAAGACCAAGAAGGCUCAGCCACCCAGCAAGCGGCCACAACCCAAGAAUGUGCAAGAGCUCAUCACAGUCAAUAGACCUGGCCAGUCACCCAUUCCUUAUCAACCCCUCAGCUAUGGAAGUCAGAUUGUUACCGUAGUUGAUCAGAUUGAACAUAGAGGACGUGUUUUUGGGAGGGUCAUAACAUCUACGUGUGGUGAAAAUGAUCAUGGUGAUGAUGAGGAGGAAGAGGAAGAGGAGGAGGAGGAAAGUGAGAGUGAAGAUUCUGACUCAGAAGAAAGUAGUGAAGGUUACCCAGCACCUACGUAUACAAAAGGCAAAGGGAAACCAUUGACAAAUCCAACAAAUGCAAAACGCUCGUAUGAAAGUGACUCUGACUAUGAGUGUGCUAAGAGCAAAAAGUCCAAAAAAAGACCGAGGUACAGUGAAGAAGAGGAAAAUGAAGAGGUUGACGUCAGUAGCCGUGGUAGAGUUAGAAAGGCAAAUACCCUCAUGAGAGACUUCAUAUAGUAUUAGGUUUGCUGUAGAUGGUUUUAAAAUGAAGAAUCAUUUGAGAACAUUUUUUAUACUGAAUAUUUACUAACACACUAUAUAUUUUAGCAAAGAUUUUAGACAUCCAAAAAGAAACAUUUCACCAGAGGAAGGCCAAAAUCAGAUGGUGGACAUUUUGCUAAAGGUUAUUGAGGUGUUGGUUAUUCAGGUUGUAAACUGUGAUAUUUAGAGUUUCCUGUAAAAACAAAAUGUAGACAAGUUUUUUAAGCUUAAUGUAAUGUCAUAUAAAAGGGUCAUUAAAGCUUCAAACAGUAUGUAUUGUGUGAUAUUAUUAGAUACAAUCUCUCAGGGGUGCCUGCAACCAAUUUAUUUUCUUACUCUACCCAUUUUCUUAUCAUUCAUACCUCAUUUUUUAAUUUAUAAAUAAAAAACUCUGUUGUGAAGUUGAAAGUCAACAGAAGUACAGACUUAAUGACCAGAUAUACACUGCCUUAAAGCUUUCAAUAUUUAUAAACCAUAACCAGCCCUGUGAUUAGAGUAACAACUCAGCCCUCAGAUUCUCUUAUUUUUUAGAAUACUUAAUAAUGACCAAGACUAUUGAAAAGGUCAUUAGUGACAGCACCUGUAGUGUCAUUAAUGAUCAUAGCUCAUGUGACAAGGCCACUAUUAUUAUUUACACUUCAGUGCUGUUGCUCUACUGUCCAUACUUUGCCUUGUGUUAUUAUCAUGUUAAUGGAACUUGAAGGCAUGGCGAUAAAAGACCAAGCAGUAUUGCUCAAAUGAAGGGUAGCUUUAGGAUUAAUGUGACAAAAAUGAUCAUGUUAAGCAAGAAAGAUUACCCACUGAUCAUGGUGAGAUGUGUCGCCAUUGGCUUGUAGUUCUACGUUUGUGAGGUGCAGAUUUUGAAUCUAUUUUUUAUUUAUUUUAUUUUAUUUCUCCUUCUUGUAUAUCUAUAUAAAUAGGUAACCAGCAUAGUUGUCAUCUGAUUUUUUUUAUUGGAAAAUAUGAUAGGAUAUUAGAUUACCCGUAUAUCAUUUAUUUUAUUUUAAAGUGUUUGUGUCCUAAUUAAAUGCAAAAUUUGCAACAUUCAUUCAAUCAUACUCCAAGUUCCAUGUUGGCCAGAAGGCAAGGUCUAAUGCCAAGUAACCAAGAACAAAAAAGUAGCUGCAAACAGGUGAUAAGCAGUUGUCCAUCUCUUGCAGUGUUCAAUGAGCUGGAGAUGUGCUUUUUUUUUCUAUUUGUCUUUAUUUUUGUCUUCCAUUGUCAUUAAAUUAUUUAAGUGAGCCAAAGAUCUGUGUAUUUUCUUGAUUUUUAUUCAUUAUUUAAAGGUAAACAAAAGUGAUCUUAAUAAGCCCUCAUGUUGGGGGUUUAGGAUCACGGUAAAGACACAACCGGGUGUAGUUAUUUUGCAUGUCACUGCCGGUUUUCAAGGACAGGUUAUUUGCAAUCUUU